GUCCUCUUCCCCCCUCCUCCUCCCGGAUGAGGAAGAUGAGGAGCCGCCGCACCAGCGGGCUGAGGAGCGAGCAGCCAGCAGCAAACAGCCGCGCAAGCAGCACACAAGUAGCCUGAACGGAGCCACGCCGCGACACCAUGACGCCGGAGAACCGCGCGGAGCCUCACCCGGAGGAGGCCGAGUGAAGCGGCAGGAUGGCGGGGGGCCGCCGGGGACUUGUGGCCCCUCAGAACACUUUUCUGGAGAAUAUUGUCAGGCGCUCCAACGUUUGGACACUGUCACAUAGACAGACAGACACCAACUUUGUGCUGGGCAACGCACAGAUCGUCGACUGGCCCAUCGUUUACAGCAACGACGGAUUCUGCAAAUUGUCGGGGUAUCACAGGGCGGAGGUCAUGCAGAAGAGCAGCACCUGCAGCUUCAUGUACGGCGAGCUCACCGACAAAGACACGACGGAAAAAGUGCGCCUGACGUUCGAGAACUACGAGAUGAACUCAUUUGAAAUCCUCAUGUACAAGAAGAACAGGACGCCCGUGUGGUUCUUCGUGAAGAUCGCGCCCAUUCGAAACGAGCAGGAGAAGGUAGUCCUGUUCCUGUGCACUUUUAGUGACAUCACCGCCUUCAAGCAGCCCAUUGAGGACGACUCGUCCAAAGGCUGGGGUAAGUUUGCUCGACUGACCCGAGCUCUGACCAGCAGCCGUGGCGUUCUGCAGCAGUUGCAACCAACCGUCCACAAAGGAGAAAACGUCCACAAGCAUUCACGCCUGGCUGAGGUGCUCCAGCUGGGGUCCGACAUCCUCCCCCAGUACAAACAGGAGACCCCCAAGACGCCCCCACACAUCAUCCUGCACUACUGCCUCUUUAAGACCACAUGGGACUGGGUCAUCCUAAUCCUGACGUUCUACACAGCCAUCAUGGUGCCCUACAACGUGUCCUUCAAGACCAAGCAGAACAAUGUGACCUGGCUGGUGGUGGACAGUAUCGUGGACGUCAUCUUCCUGGUGGACAUCGUUCUCAACUUUCACACUACUUUUGUUGGCCCGGCCGGGGAGGUCAUUUCCGACCCCAAGCUUAUCCGCAUGAACUACUUGAAGACCUGGUUCGUCAUAGACCUGCUCUCCUGCCUGCCCUAUGAUGUCAUUAACGCCUUUGAAAAUGUUGAUGAGAAUUGGAACCGGCGAGCUGUCACUCAAGGCAUCAGCAGCCUGUUCAGCUCCCUGAAGGUGGUCCGCCUCCUGCGACUGGGCAGAGUGGCUCGCAAACUGGACCACUACAUCGAGUAUGGCGCUGCCGUGCUUGUUCUGCUGGUGUGCGUGUUCGGCCUGGCAGCUCACUGGCUGGCUUGCAUUUGGUACAGCAUCGGUGACUACGAGGUAAUCGACGAGGAGACCAACAUUGUGCGGACGGACAGCUGGCUGUACAUCCUUGCCGAGACGGUGGGAACACCGUACCGCUUCAACACCAGCGGCUUGGGCAAGUGGGAAGGCGGUCCCAACAAGGACUCGGUCUACAUCACCUCACUCUACUUCACCAUGACCAGCCUCACCAGCAUCGGCUUCGGCAACAUUGCGCCUACCACCGACGGGGAGAAGAUCUUCGCCGUGGCUAUGAUGAUGAUCGGAUCUCUCCUGUACGCCACCAUCUUCGGUAACGUGACCACCAUCUUCCAGCAGAUGUACGCCAACACCAACCGCUACCACGAGAUGCUCAACAGUGUACGCGACUUCCUCAAGCUUUACCAGGUGCCCAAGGGCUUGAGUGAGCGAGUGAUGGACUACAUCGCUUCCACCUGGUCCAUGUCGCGGGGCAUUGACACGGAAAAGGUGCUGCAGAUUUGUCCAAAGGAUAUGCGGGCGGACAUUUGCGUCCAUCUCAACCGCAAGGUAUUCAAAGAGCACCCGGCCUUCCGACUGGCCAGCGACGGCUGUCUGCGGGCGCUGGCUAUGGAGUUCCAGACCAUCCACUGCGCCCCUGGUGACCUCAUCUACCACGCCGGCGAAAGCGUGGACAGCCUCUGCUUCGUGGUGUCAGGCUCUCUGGAAGUCAUACAGGAUGACGAGGUCGUGGCCAUCCUGGGCAAGGGAGACGUCUUUGGGGACGUCUUCUGGAAGGAGGUAACACUUGCUCAAGCCUGCGCCAAUGUACGUGCUCUGACGUACUGUGACCUCCAUGUCAUCAAGCGUGACGCCCUGCAGAAAGUGCUUGAGUUCUACACAGCCUUCUCCAAUCACUUCUCCCGCAAUCUGCUUCUCACUUACAACUUGCGAAAGAGGAUGGUGUUCCGAAAAAUCAGCGAUGUGAAACGAGAGGAAGAGGAGCGUCAGAGGCGGAAAAACGAAGCCCCUCUUAAUUUGCCUCCUGACCACCCGGUGCGUAAACUCUUCCAGCGCUUCCGGCAGCAGCGGGAGGCUCGAACGGCCACGGAAAAGCCGAGUGAAGAGAAUGACGUGGAGAAGGGUCCCCUCUAUGUGGAAAUUCCCAAGACAGCAAUCAUCACCACCAGCAUUGUGACAGUGACGGAAAGCCCGGCAACGCCGUCGUCGUCCACACCUGUGUCGUCACCCCCCAGCUGCGCCCCUUCGGACAAGGUAAAGCUACAGGUGCCGCCUCCGGCCUCUCUGGUGGGAGGUCGGGCCGCCGAACCGGGCAAAGUCAAAGGCUGGGGGCGCUUCAAGGAAUCCAUGGCGAAACCUGAAAACUGGAAAACGGUGUCCAAAGCAGAGUCCAUGGAGACGUUGCCAGAGCGAACCAAAGGUCACGAGUCACAGAUGCCCUUGAAGAAGACGGACUCGUGUGACAGUGGCAUCACCAAAAGCGACCUGCGCCUCGACAAAGUAAGCGACUUCCGCUUGACGCCGCAGGACCGCAGUCCCGUGCAGCCUCCCGAAAUCAGACGUUCCUUCUGCCCCAUUCCCGAGCAGACCCUACACGCCUCGCUUCAAGAACUCAAGCUGGAACUUAAAGACGACCUGAAGAGCCUCAACGUCCGAAUGUCAGGUCUGGAGGCGCAGCUAGCCGAAGCCCUCCAGCUCCUUAAAUCCAGGACGCCCACCACCGGCUCUCCGCAAGGUCUCUUUGACAUUUCCAGACCCGCGUCUCCAGAAGCCGACAAAGAGGAGGACAUUUUCUCGUGAGCACUAGAGGCACAUUUUACUGUCAACCAAGCCGCAAUCCGGUUAUGGCCACUAUACGGCAAUAGUUGAGGCUGCAAUGGUGUGGGGGUCGCCUUUUAGUUUAGGCAUCCGGGCGUAGUCUUUUAAAGACAUGCAGGCCUCCGUAGCAGGAACGCGAACGCCACAGACAAGGCGCCGAGGUGGAACCUGGCGCGGGUUAACCUAAGUAGCCUUUUAUCUGUAGAUACCAAACGAUGUGCUCGAAAUGUUUGAGCUUCCACGUAAAAUGGCAUGACCCCAAUGUUGUAUGCCGUCCGAUUCCUUGCAUGUAACAUCAAAUAUACACCUUUUCACCAUGAUGUCAUGGUAUGUACUACAUGUACGCAGACGCUCUGGCAUUCUCUUGGGUAAAACAAACGCAUACUCUCAUUUGAGCAAGGCAGAGUGAUUGAUAUAACAGGGUAAAUGGUUCGGAUGAUGAUUUAUAGCCUUCUUCGCAAACGCUGUAGCUUGAAUGUGUGACGUAUCAGUCGAAAAGAUGGCAUUGGAAGAGUAUUCCGACAUAGUUAAUAUUAUCAGUGAGUGACUGGCUAAGUAACUUUUCUGUUCCUUGGAUUAAUCCCACUGCUGUCUACUCUAAGAAAACCAAACUAAUUAUUUUAUACAUACUACUGAGAAAAUAUGAUCCACAAACUUUGAAAGAUUUGGUACUUGCGAUUGUCUUUGUACAACCAUUUCCUACAUCCACUGGAUUUAUCCUCUUCAACCACAGGUUCCAAUUGAUUCAUUUGCAUUUUUUCAAAUCCUAAACCUUUUAGUCCAUAUCUGUUUGUGGAACUCCAGACAUUUUUUGCCAACUUUUUCAGGUCGAGGUCAGCAGUAGUCAACAACAUUUCAUCCGGAAGUAGGUGGCGCCUAUUGUUUACAAACGUUAUGAAACGGUACUAUACGCACCUCGAUUGGUUUGAUUAAGCGAGGUUGUUUGCGUUGUAAGCGGACGGUCGAGAGUUACGCCCCAUGAGCAAGUGAGUGAUGUACGCAUUUUAUUAUGGUGGCGUCGAAGAUGGUUAUGAAUUAUACAGUGGCAUGCUUGACAGCGUCCAGCAGUUAUUGUGAUAAAUAGUUUCGGUGGAGGAGAUGCUUAAUGACAAAUGGAAUGCAGUUCUAAUAGCAUAGUGGGUGUUUAUAUCAUGUUGGUCAUCUCCCACUGGAACACAAAAAGAACCACACAAACUCUCACAAACAGUACACAACUUCACAUAGCAUGAAAACCAUGCAUAACUAAAGUUAUAUAUUAUUAUAUAAUUUCCACUAUUACUAGUAGUGCAGGAUUCAAAUGCUCCAAGCAGGGAGGCUUUUUUAAAAGAGCGUCAGCUGUGAAAGGAACAUGAUAUAUUUAUAUUUUGUGCCACUGGUUUGCAUGCAGGCUUUAUUGUAAAAAAAGAAAAAAAAAUAAAUCAUCCUGUCUAAAUUGCAUUAUUCCACAGUAAUACCAAAUAUGUUUGCAAUGCAGGGAACCUCUUUUUCAUGGGUUCUAUUGUAAUGUGUGACAGGAAGAAAUCAGGUUACCAAUCAUUUCCAAUGGAUUCAUAAAAAAAUAAAUAAAAUGUUGAAAAAAAAAGAGAAAAAAACAAAUAGAUUGUGCGGCAAAUCAUCUUCACAUAAUGUAUUUUUUUUAGUCCCAAAAGUAUUCACCUUGACUGUAUAUGAAAAUGCAAAUUAUUUUUAUGAGGGUUUAUCAUAAAAAUGUCCCUGGAACAAUUGGUAUUUUAUUCAGACAGCAACUCUGUCCACUUAAAUAAAAAUCGUGUCAACAAAUAAACUCAUGUUUGGUCCCUUUUUAGUAGCAGUUUAUGUUUUAUUUUUAUUUUAAGACUAAUAGAAGCGUAAAAUCGACAACACAGGCAGGAUUAAUCAGACGAAAUGCUUUGUACAUAUUUUAUGAUCAUUUUUCCUGUACUAAUGUAUAAGCCUGGAGUCAUGCAAUAAUUAUACAAAUGGGGUAAUGUAUGUAGAAUUUAUGACCACCAAUAAGUCGUUUAUAUCGACACUACUUCUAUUUUGCAUUCCUCUUUUUAUUUGUAGAGUUGCAGUAUUUCAGUCCACUCUGCGCACACUUCGUCCUCUUUCCGUGUGAAAGAAGAAGCGGCGUUCUUAUAUUAUUCAUUAUUUUCAUAUGGAUAAUUUAUGUUUUUUACAUGACUUGUCUUUUAUCAGGGACGGAUGCAGCAAAGAGGAAAAAACACUCGCUUUACUUCCUCUUUUUUCUAUCAAAAAUUCAGUUGGCUAAAAAUAAAGAGCUGGCCUGUUGUCAAAGGUGGGAACUCAUUUGUGGUCACAUGAGAAAAAUAUCCUCAAUAAAUUGAUAAAUAAAUAAUUAAAUUCAUAAUGCAGGAGCUCGCAAAUGACCUGACGAAUCUCUCAUUCGGAGUCUUCAUUUUUAUAAAAGCUUUUAACUUGACUUGUAAAUAUUAAUCUGCACAUAUUGAAUGUAAUCACGCCUAUAUGAAAUGAAUUGAUUCACUUUGGGUGUAAACAGUGGAUUAACGUGUAGCUAAUCUCAUUAUGUACAACCUUUGAAAGUCACACAGCAACACGAGAACAAGAACACAACUCGCUAAGUGGCCCAUGUGACUGAAUUUAGAUUAGAUCAUGGCGACCUUUUUAGUCAUUCACUUUGUACUUGCAUUUUUUUAAAAAAAUCAGAGAUGGCUAAAGUACUCACACGUAACUCAAGCAGAAAUAUAAAUACAGUGGUACCUUGACAUACGAUAGCUUCGACACAUGAUCUUCUCGAUAUCCAACGUAAAUUUUGUCAUUUGUUUCUACAUCUGACUACAUGCUCGAAAUACCACAAUUUACGACAGUGCCGCAGUUUCUUUGUUUUCGCGCAAGACGCAUGGCGGAUUUUCUUGUGAGAGAAAUCAACAUGGGUUCCAAGAAUGUUAGGGAAGGUGGUGAAAAAAAGGAGAAAGGUGGGGCUUAAAAUUGAAAUGAAGGUGGUGUGCACGUCCUUGAACUGGCUAGACAAUGCGGCCAUAGAAUGUCUACAGUCUGUACGGUCCUCCUUCGACCACUGUUCGCCAGUCUUGAUAAGUUAAGGUGACAAUUAUUAUUGUGGUAAGAUCGCCAAAAAAUUGCCAGCUUUGUCAGGUUAUUAAUCAUUUAUUUCAGACCUUGUGCAACACAACAUGCCUACUGUCCGCCGCAGCUGAACUUGAAAAGUGAAAGUAAAAUGUCCUCUCUCACUCAAGUCAGCCACGUGGUGCAUUCAGGUACACCACGCAAAACAAAUUUGCCACAUUAGAACCCGAUUCGUUACAUUUCAUGUAUUAUUGUUAUUAUUACUAUUAUUAUAUUAUUAUUCUGAUUCUUAUUCAUAAUUUAUUUGUUUUCGCCCUGUGUAAUUGCUAUUUGCUAUAGUACCAGCAGAAUUUGAGAAGGAUUUAGUGUAGGUUGUCUGGCUCUGAAACAAAUUAAAGGAAUUAUAAUGUAUUAUAGGAAAAUCCUGCUCAACAUACAACCAUUUCGACUUACAAACAAGGUCCUGGAACGAAUUAACUUCGUAUGUAGGUACCACUGUACUCAGGUAUAAGUUAAUAUUUAAUCAACAUCUUUAUUUAUAUGAAAAUUACAGACAUUGAAAUAUAUUUAUUCCCCCCGCCCUCGGUUUUUGACCUGCUCUCCAUGAUGUUAAUGCACGAAUGGCCAAAUACAAGGCACCAUUAAAGAGCAUACGACAUGAGAAAAAAAGGCUUAAAUAGCAUUAUUAUGUGAACUAGAAUCAUAUUUUGAGACGAUUCGACU